AAAGGGAAGCUCCCAGGGUCGCUUCCAAAAGACAAGCCCAGGCUCUCUCCUCGUGUGCCCGGUGAAUAAUGUCUCUGAAACGCGAGGGGAAGAAGCUACCUGCAGCUGUCAAGAGCCCAUCCAUCCAUGGCUACAAUAAGAACGGGGCCCAGGGGAGGCGAACUCUGGUCCCCAGAAGAGAAGCUCUGCUUCUCCCUUCUCCAGCGAAUUCCCUCACUUCCGCCCUCCUCCGUCGCCGCUCGCUUGCCAUCCCUCCUCCAAAUCCAUGCCUUCCUCCUCCGCCGCGGCUUCGAUGCCAACCUUUCCCUCCUCACCCGCCUUAUCUCCUCCUGCUCCGAUCUCGCCGCCGCCGCCCCACUCGCGGCCUCCUGCCUCCUCCUUCACGCCCGCCGCGCCUUCGACCGCCGCCCCACCCAGGACACGGUUCUUUGCAACUCUAUGAUCCGCGCCCUCGUCCACCAUCGCCGCUUCCGCGAGUCCAUCGCCCUCUACCGGGACCUCCGGAGAGGGCCGCCUCCCCCUCUUAGCCCUCCCUUCUCUCCCGAUGAUCAUACCUUCCCCUUCCUCUUAAAAUCCUGCGCCUCUCUCGCCGGCUCGCCCAAGGAGACAAGCGAAGGCCUCCAGCUCCAUGCCGACGUGAUCAAGAUGGGAUUUUGCUGCAAUACCUUCGCGUCCACCGCACUGGUAGACAUGUACUCCAAGUCGGGGAACAUGGGAUCUGCGAGGAAGGUGUUUGAUGGAAUGCCUCACAGGAGCCCGGCGUCUUGGACCUCGAUGGCUGUGGGCUACGCCAGGAGUGGGGAUGCGGGCGCUGCGAUGGAGUUGUUUACGUGGAUGCCUGAAAAGGACAUGGCGGCCUUCAAUGCGAUGAUCGAUGUCUUUGUCAAACUAGGCGAUCUGGGUUCGGCACGGCGGUUGUUUGAUGAGAUGCAAGACAGGAAUGUGGUUUCCUGGACUAGUUUGAUAUCAGGGUAUUGCAAGGCUGGCGACAUGGAGGUAGCUAGAGCCUUGUUUGAUGAUAUGCCAGAGAGAAACCUCUACUCUUGGAAUGCGAUGAUCGGUGGGUAUUGCCAGAAUCGACAGCCACACCAGUCACUGGAACUGUUCCAAGAGUUGCUGUCUGAAUCAUGUCGAUUUGAGCCGGAUGAGGUGACGCUCGUGAGCAUUAUCCCAGCAAUUGCAGAUAAGGGUGCAAUUGAUCUUGGCCGAUGGAUCCACAGCUAUGCUCGAAGAAAGGGGUUGGAUCGGGGGAUCAGUGUUUCGACAGCAUUGGUGGCCAUGUACGCCAAGUGCGGGGACAUCUGCGAGGCAAAGCAAAUAUUUGAUAGGAUGCCAAGCAGGGAGAGGGCCUCUUGGAAUGCGAUGAUCAAUGGGUUCGCAGUAAAUGGACGGGCGAAAGAGGCAUUGGAUGUAUUUGAGGAGAUGCGUAGAAGUGGGAUCUCUCCGAAUGAGGUGACGAUGAUCGGGGUAUUGUCAGCUUGCAGCCAUGGGGGUCUUGUGGAUGAAGGGAAGAGGUGGUUCAGGGAGAUGGCAGCAUUUGGGAUCGCGAGGAGAAUUGAACAUUAUGGUUGCAUGGUGGACCUCUUUGGAAGAGGCGGAUAUCUGGAGGAGGCUGAGAGGUUGAUCGAGGAAAUGCCAUGCGAUCCCAAUGGAAUAGUGCUGAGCUCUUUGCUCUUUGCUUGCGGUUGCCAUGGGGAUGUUGUUAGGGCUGAGAGGGUGAUGAAGAUGGCAUCUGAAAUCGAGCCCGGGAAUGUAAGGAAUUAUAUUAUGUUGAGGAAUAUGUAUGCUGGGAAGAAGUGGUGGGGGGAGGUGGAGAAGAUAAAAGAACUGAUGAGGAAGUUUGGGGGCAAAAGGGAGGCAGGGUGCAGUGUUAUUGAGGUCGGGAGCAGGGCUUGGGAGUUUGUUUCAGGGGAUAGAGCUCACCCCGAGUGGGAACUGAUAUGGGGUGUGCUUGGGAACCUACAAUUGCUUAUGAAAGGCCAAAGAGAGGAGCAAGGAAUUUGACAUGAUGGCUAUCUUGUAACAUUGGUGAGUGAGGAUUCAUGCAGGCACGUGUCAUGCAGUAGGGAUAACUUUGAUGGUUAUGGUGAUGAUUUCUCAGGGUGAUACACUCUCCUCAAGCUUGAACUUUAGAUGAUGAUUAGAGAAACAGCAUUUUUUUUUUGUGUGUGGGAAAUUUGGACUGCGGUGGAUGCUAAUGUCGGUACCGCAGCUCAAUCUAUUCAUAGUUAAGCCAGUGGAUGAGUGAUCCAUCUGUGCCAUGAAGAUGAUAGUUGGAUGGGCAUUUCGUGGAUGCUUGAUUCGAGGAACAGAAGAUGGUUUUUCAAAGUGCUCUGUUGUGGUGACAGCAGGCUUAAAACUAGGAUCAAUGAAUACUAUAAGCAAUUCAUCAAACAAGUCUGGUGAAAAGUGACCGCUGAUUCUGGAUGUAUGCUUAAUUGAAGCGUGUGAGAGAGAGCAAAUGAAAGGAAGAUCAUCACAGCUUCCCCAAGUAAGGCACAGGGAAGGCGCUUUUAAAUUUUAAUGGUGCAUUGAUGUUAUAGAAAAUUCGAAAAUGUUUUUCAUCGCUAAGUUUGUUGAGAGAUGGCCAAUCCGCAUUUGGCCUCCUCAUGCUGAAAGUCUUGGGAAUUUUGGAGUCUAGGAGAUCCAAAAUUUUGUUGUAUGGAUUCUUUUUUCUUUUUCAUACUGAAGUAUUGUGAAGAGACUUGGAUUCCCUACAAGAAGGGUUUCAUGAUGGUAUUCGCAA